CAGGUAAACACAGCCCGGCUUCAAGAUGAUCAAGUCCCUCAGCGUGUCCUCUGAAAACUCGCUGCCUCCGCCGGACAGCGAUGACUUGGACUCGGUGUGUUCCGAUGAGCUGAUGGGCUCCCAGUCCCGCCACUGGCUGGCGGACCUGAUGGCCUCAGACAUGCCCUCAGACAGCGGGGAACUGGGCUCCGUGGGCCGGGACGGUCUCUACGUGGACUACACCUUCCCCGUGGGAGACCUGGAGAUGAAGUCUGGAGUCAGGUGGAAGCGACCGAAGGAACUCUGUAUGUCACCACAGUUCAUAGUGGAUGGAGCUUCAAGACUUGAUAUCUGCCAGGGAAAACUGAGUGACUGCUGGGUGCUCUCCGCUAUAGCAUCUGUGGCUAUACACCCCAACCUGCUCAAGAAGGUUGUGCCUCUCACUCAGAGCUUCGAGAAGGACUACAAUGGCAGCUUCACCUUCAGAUUCUGGCAGUAUGGGGAGUGGGAGGAGGUGCGGGUCGAUGACUUGCUGCCAACGCUAGGCAACAAGCUGGUCUACCUCAGCUCCCCUGAAAGAAACGAGUUUUGGAGCUCUCUGCUGGAGAAAGCCUAUGCCAAACUGAAAGGAGGCUACAGAGCUCUGGAAAUGGGUUACCCUCAUGAAGCCAUGGUGGACAUGACGGGAGGAGUGACUGAGGUUUUUAACCUCCCCUUGGUGUCCGUAAACCUGCCAGAACUCCUGAGAAACCUGCUGGCCAAAGGGGCGCUAAUCAACUGUGCCAACGGAAAGGGUCCUCUGGAACAGAAGAACCAGCUGGGAAUCUUGUUCAAACAUGCUUACUCAAUGACCGCAGUCGAGAGGGUCAAAACAAGCAAUGGGUUUGUAGAUUUGGUGCGAAUCCUGAAUCCAUGGGGCAACACGGAGUGGACGGGACCAUGGAGUGACAUUAACAGCGGAGAAUGGAGGACGGUGAGCCCAGAGGAGCAGAGCCGCCUGAACAGAGUCAGACGGGAGGACGGGGAGUUCUGGAUGUCCGUGUUCGACUUCCAGCUGAACUUUGAUAUGGUGGAGGUGUGUCACCUGACGCAGGCUCUGGGCGAGCCCGACGCUGGCGUGAAGCCGUGGAACUGCGUCAUGCAUCACGGCGAUUGGGUACCAAACAUCUCAGCAGGAGGAUCUCGUAACAGCAACUUGUAUUGGCAGAACCCUCAGUUCCUGUUGGAUCUGACGGAGGUGGACUUUGUACCCGGAAACACUACGAAGACCUGCUCCUUCAUCGUGGCUCUUAUGCAGAAAUAUCAGAGACUCAGACGAAUUCGAGUCCAUCUUUUUCUUCAUAUAUAUCCGGCGCAUCCCAAGACCACCUUCCUGUCAUCUGAAGAUCUGCUUAAAAUCCCUCCAAUCUGCUACAACCACUACGCGUCAGGUCGGGAGGUGAUCAUCCACAGCUCACUCCCUCCGGGUCGUUACAUCAUCAUCCCUUCAACCAGCGAGCCCAAUCAGCAUGGAGAGUUCCUGCUGAGGGUGCUGACAGAGCCCGGUAACUCUGCCACUCCAGCUCAAAAACCAACACCACAUGAUGUCUCCUUGAUCAAAGAGCCUUCUUAUCCUCACCAGGCCGCGCUGCCUUCACUCGUAUCCAUCAGACAGCUCUUUAACAAACACAGCGACAAGAAAGGAUCCUGCAAACCUCUGAACCUCCACCGCCUCCUGUCCGAGGCCGUACAGGGAGGAGUGUUGGCCGGAAGUGAGAGAUACCUUUCUUUGGAGCACUGCAAGAGCCUGGUGGUCCUGAUGGACAGCCAUGGCAUCGCUCGACUGGACUGGGAUGACUUUAAGACUCUGUGGAACAAAAUCAGGAAGUGGACGGACAUCUUCCUGGUCUAUGACACAAAUAAAACUCAUCACCUUGAGUACCGAGAGGUGGAGCCUGCCCUGAAGGCAGCAGGCAUCACGGUGAACGAUCUGUUGUUACAGCUAGUAGGACUGAGAUACACAGAGCCAGACCUGACCAUCAGCUACCCCGGCUUUCUGUACCUGCUCAUGAAGCUGGAGACCAUGAUCCACAAAUUUCAAGCGUACGACAUGAUGGGACAGGAAACCAUAACCAUCAGCUACAGCCAGUGGCUCCACAUGACGAUGUACAACUAGAGCAGACCUGGUCCAGCUGGACGGAUUCACCACAAUCUACUUUGCUUUUUUGCGCCAUGUUAUCGUUUUUAUUGUUUGAGAAUAGUCAAUGUGCUACCCAAACUGCUGGACAAAAGAAUCCAGCUGUAACCAUGGAAACAGGAUCAGGGAUGUGCAUAUCCAGGUUCAAGCAGCAGCUCCAGAUGGGCUGUUUAAUUUGGAUUUCAUGAUUAAGCUCCAUGUUAUUGAAAGCUACAUUUACACUUAGUUCUUUGAUUUCUGCGCUAAUGUUUGAUGUAUGGCAAGAAUAUUUCAAUAAAUACAUUUACUAAAGAUU